AUGCCAGAAGAAGUCGUGCUCAUGAUGGACCUGAAGGGUGUCCUGACAUCGUGUCCGUUCCCCGCUGCACGGCGCCUUGCAGAGAGCAUGAUGCGGUGCGUCUUCGAGCGCGCUAGCUCGCACAUUAUAGUGAAGCGCAUCCAGGAGCGGCCCGUGCCGUUUCUGGCGAAGAAGUACAGUAACUUUUUCUUCACCGUGGCGGAGUUCACAGAGCGCACACGCGGGUUGAAAGGUGCCUUCGAGCGACUGGAGCUGGGCGAACUGAAUCGGCUGGAAUUCAUCACGGCUUUCAGGGAGGAGAUCGAUUUUAUGCUGCUCGCCCUCUCAAAGCAAAACCCGGAGGAGCUGGACGCUAUGAACAUCGCGUUUCCCAAGAAGGUCCACGCUCUCAAGAAGCGCUUCCCGCUCCUCUGCGACCCUGUCGUGCAGGUGCACGUCCGCGAGCUGCUGGAUGUUGAGGCCUUCCUGUGCACCAUCGAGAAGGUUUCGCCGCGCAAGAAUGUGCUGAACCUGCUGCACUACCUGCGCACCAAGAGCCAGCAGGAGAUUCGCCUGUUUGCCAUCGGCAAUGCGUGGGAGUUCGAGGGGCAGUACCGGCGCAUGGUGACGGCCAUGAAGUACUCGGUGACUGACUCCGUCUCCUUCGCCUACCCCGUUAUCUGCCCCGUCGAGUACGGCGAGAAUGCUGGCUCCUACCAGAACAGCUUCCAAGUGACGGGCCUGUUCGACGGAUAUGUGCAGAGCUACAUCUCCCACAAGCGCAAGCCGUAUCCCGACAUCUUCAUGCAGGCACUGGAGGAGGUGCGCACAAGCCGCGUCCCCACCGGCGAGGCACUGCGCUACGAUAUGAAGCCGAACAUCUUCUACUUUGACGACAUGGAGGCGCACUGCGAGGUGGCCCGCGGACUGUCAGGCAACCCGUUCACAGACGUCUUGCUGAUCGAGGAUGGCGCGUGUGACGUGUACAAGGACAUUGUGCGGGCCUUGAAGACGGUCGCGGAGAAAGACCCUUUCUGGGCUGAGGUGGUGGCCGGCGUAGAGAAGGACAUCGCCCCGAUGUUCAGGCCGUCGAAGACCCCAGACGGCAGGGCCAUCUCGUGGGUGACGGAGGAGCUGCACAACUACAGCAACAACUUGCUCUUCGUCGGACCACCGCCGAACGAUCUGUGCUCGCCGGUGAGCACUCUCGAAAAGGACCGCUACCGGAUGGAUGAGGAGGACCAAGAGCGUAUUCUCUUCUACUGCGCGCAGCACCUGCCUCACCUCUUUCCCCUGAAGAUCCCACCGCGGCCAGUGGCAAACAUGAAUCUGCGCACACAGCCGGGACUGGCCACCUCGGCCGGCCCCGUCCUCUUCGAGUACGUCGAGGGCAGUCGCUUCUUCGAGUCGUACCGAGUGACGCUGCGCACGGGGAGCUACAUCUUGCGAAUUCAGCCGCGCGGCCCGUCUCCGUACGGCUCCGUAGACAUCCGUCGCGAGUACGAGACAAUGGCACACCUUUACGAAACGUCACCGGGGCUGCAGAUCCCAACGCCCCUGUUGUACUGUGACUCGUACGCUGUGUGUGGACGCCGCUUCUUCCUCCGCCGAUACCGCGACGGUGAGAACAUCAACGCCAUUUCGCAGCUGAUUCAGCCGCGCAUUCGCCGGCCCUACUCCCUGCGACGUGUAUCCAUCAACGUGGAGCUCCGUCCCAAGCUUUUCUACAAGCAGGCGAUUGCGGUGCUCUCGGUGCUGCAUAAUUCGCCGCUGCCGCCCUUCAUGAAGCAAGCGGAGGAGGAGAUGCGGCGCACGAAGCGGCACAAGCACCCGCUGCUGGCCAUGGUGCAGGAAAGCAUCGAGAUGUACAAGUUGGCGCUGUCCAAGAGCGGCACCGCUGGCCGCUUCGGUGUGCAGCUGCGCUCCGCCACAAUGGAGGAGCUGUCGCGUGGCAUUUUGGCCUGCUUUGACCAGACGCAGCUGUCGCACCAGAUGAUCCCAAUGCCAGACCGCCUCGUCGCUCUGCACGGCAACUUCAACCUAUCCUCGGUACUCUUCACGCACCGCUCACUGGAGGGUCGUGCAAAGUACCCGCCGCAUCUAAUUGGUAUGGUGCAGUUUAAGUUCACUCGACUCGGCGACCCGCUCGUCGACGUCGCGUCUGCGUCGAUGUUCUGCUUCCUCAGGCAGCCCGAGGGCAUCUACGACGCAGCACACGAUAUCCAGAUGCUCUUUCCGUCUCCGAGCGACCUCCUGGAGAUGUACUGCAGUGCGCGCGGCUACAUGCUGCACCUCGACCGCCGCCGCCGCGACGAUAUCUUCAAGGUGUACUUGGCCAGCCUCUGUCUUCAGCAGGCCACAAUGCUCAUUACGGACAUCGUGUCUGGCACGGUUUCGCCGCAUGCAAAGCGCUACUCCGAUUCUCGCAGCAUUGCGCAAGCGGAUCAGCUGGCGAAGCGUGGCCUUGACGUCCUUCAUAGCCGCACGGCAGCGAAGCUGUAA